AUGGCCGGAGAGAGCUCUAAGAAGGCCAAUGCGGCUGGAAAGGCUGCAAUCCCGCUCGACAUUGACGGCCACAACCUACCGCCAUCACCUGCGCCGAGUUCGCCCCGCAACGGCAGGAAGUAUGCGCUCAUGACGGAACUGGUGUAUACAGAGAGCAGCGACCAGUACAACGCCAGCUCUGUGCCCAUCUACCAGUCUGCGACUUUUAAGCAGGAGUCCGCAACCGGUGGCGGCGGCGAGUACGACUAUACACGAUCCGGUAACCCCACACGAACACAUCUCGAAAGACAUCUCGCCAAGAUCAUGAACGCGAACCGCGCGCUUGUCGUCUCAUCUGGUAUGGGCGCUCUCGACGUCAUCACCCGCCUCCUACGACCAGGCGACGAAGUAGUAACCGGCGACGACUUGUACGGCGGAACAAACCGACUGCUCAAGUACCUUUCAACACACGGAGGCAUCAUUGUGCACCAUGUCGACACCACAAACCCCGAGAAAGUACGCGAAGUCGUGAACAACAAGACGGCCAUGGUUCUGCUCGAAACGCCUACGAACCCUCUGAUCAAGAUUUGCGACAUUCCUGCUAUCGCUAGCAUUGCCCAUGCCGCAAACCCUACCGCAGUAGUAGCUGUCGACAACACCAUGAUGUCGCCCAUGUUGCUGAACCCGCUCGACCUUGGCUCUGAUAUCGUCUACGAGUCUGGUACAAAGUACCUGUCCGGUCAUCACGACCUCAUGGCAGGUGUCAUUGCUAUUAACGACUCCGCGCUUGGAGAUCGCCUCUUCUUUACCAUCAAUGCUUCCGGCUGUGGUCUAUCACCUUUCGAUUCUUGGCUGCUACUUCGCGGUAUCAAGACCCUGGGUGUCCGCAUGGAGAAGCAACAAGCGAACGCUAUGCGUGUUGCCACCUUCCUUGAAUCCCAUGGCUUCAAGGUCCGCUACCCCGGUCUGAAAUCACACCCACAGUACGAUUUGCACUGGAGCAUGGCACGUGGCGCUGGCGCUGUGCUGUCGUUCGAGACUGGCGAUGUGACCAUCAGUGAGCGCAUUGUCGAGAGCGCUAGGCUUUGGGGUAUCAGUGUCAGCUUUGGCUGCGUCAACUCCCUCAUCAGCAUGCCUUGCCGCAUGAGCCACGCGAGCAUUGACGAGAAGACCAGGAAGGAGAGGAACAUGCCUGAAGACAUUAUUCGACUGUGUGUUGGUAUCGAGGAUUCUGAAGAUCUCCUGGAUGAUCUGAGCCGCGCUCUCGUACAAGCUGGUGCGGUGAACAUCACCACGGAAGGCUUCCAGGCCCUCGCCGCAGAGGCACCUGUCCCAAGUCAGCCCACAGAGGCUGUCCCGGCUCCGGCAGAGUCAUAG